AUGAAAGAGGACCUCCUUCGUUACCUUGAGGGUGAACUUUUGAACAGCGAUUAUGAGUCGGAGUAUCCUUACUACGAUGUUCGGCCUUGUUUAUUCGUUGCUGCUAAACCCAAUUCGCAGCUGUUUGGGUGGUCAUUUGCAGCUAUUUGCAGUUCAACGAUGGAAGUGUUCCAUGCUAUGAUUCUCGCUAUUCUAGCAACUGCGGUUCAUGCGCAGAAAGAACUCGCCAGAAUUGAAGAGUACUUUCGUCGUCACCCGCAGAGGGAACCUUUGAACGCCUAUCCUCAGCCGGAUGAUUCUAGCUACGAUGAUGAACUUGAGGAAUUGCAAAAUGGCCUUCUUCGUAGCCUUGAUAGGGGAGAUUUCGAAGAUAAGGGUGAAGUUGCCAGAAUGAAAGAGAACCUUCUCCGUUACUUUGAGAGGGAAUUUAUUAACCCCUCUUAUUCAAGGGAAAAGGAAUUACUCGACGAAGUGCAAGGGCAGCUUGAUCAAGAGUGGGAACGUAUGAACGCUCGUCGACGUUCUCCAAGAAAAGCCUAA